AUGAGUUUUCAGACUCAGGGUACCCACGCUACUUCACCAGAUAUUGGUAGUGACCAUGAUGACGACGUCGUUGAAGUACCUGCUGUACAUGGAACUGUUAGUUCCCUUGCUUAUCAAGCAACGCCGGUGGCGGUCGGAGUAUUGGCUGAAAGCCAUGCUGAGUUGGUGAAGAAAGUGGAGGAUCUCCGUGAGACUUUAGGUCAGACGCAGAACGACCUGGACGAAGCCCGAUCUCGUCUGGCGACGUUGGAAGGAGAUCGCGCUCGUCUUCAGAUGAUGGAGUCACGUCAGACUCGUGUCGAGGCGCAACUUGACCUCUUAAUUCGGAUGCAACAUCCUGCGGCAACGCCAAUGUACGCGGCGCAAGCGCCUUCAAGUCAACAUGGGACGGGUCCCGGUAUGACUUAA